AUGGGCCUUACACAAGAUACUUCCAGUAUUACCGCCGCUGCAGAGGCUCACAUGUCCUCCUAUUCGGCCGUCCUAACCUCGAACGACUUCAAAACAUCCGCCGAACGGGGUGCUAAAAUGGCCACCUACUACCUCCCAACCAUCUCCUUCUUUAUGGACGGAACCAUUAUGGAACUAGCCGGUCAAUCGAAUUACGCGUCUCUAAUUUCUGGGACUUUGGACAAACUGGAAGGUCUCCCUGGAGUAAAAGGACACAGGGUUGAGGCUAUAAGCGAAAACAGUGCAAUUAUAUGGCUCUUUCUGGAGGUGAAUGGGUUGGAAACGUCCAACGUCUAUUUCUUUAGAAGGAUGGAGGAUACAACUGAAGGGUUCGAGGGUGGUAUUUUUGACGGGGAGACGUGGGUGUUGAAGCAGCUGGCGAAACAGUAG